UGUAGUACAAGCACCCUCCCGAGACUGGGAAAGUGGUGGUGGUGGUGGGGAGAAUCAGCUGUCAUUGUUGUCAGGCAUUCCUCGCGGAGGCAAGGCUAUUUUUAGUAAGGGGCCAUGAUCCUGGUUUUAUCUGCACCUCGCCUCUUGUGUCAUAGACAAAAAGUACUGUAUGGUUCUGGCAGUCUGUCUUCUCCACAACCCACGGCAAGAGAAAUCGUAACGGAAAGGCGAACGCCCAAUGGGGAAUUAUAAAUCCAGGCCCACACAAACGUGCACAGAUGAAUGGAAGAAGAAGGUGAGCGAGUCCUACUCGGUGAUCAUCGAGAGGCUGGAGGAUGAUCUGCGGAUAAAAGAGAGCGAGCUGCAGGAGCUGAAGCACGUCUUCAGCUCUGACGAGGCCUUUCAUAAAGUGAACUUGAACUACCGCACAGAGAGUGGGCUGUCCCUCUUACACCUCAGCUGCAUCUGUGGAGGCAACAAGACACACAUAAGAGCCUUGAUGCUGAAGGGCCUCCGGGCCUCACGGCUGACCCGAAACGGAUUCACAGCCCUUCACUUCGCUACAUACAAGGACAAUGCAGAGCUUGUCACAGCUCUUCUCCAUGGAGGUGCAGACAUCCAACAGGUGGGCUAUGGAGCGCUCACAGCCUUGCACAUCGCCACAAUGGCUGGGCAUACCGAGGCAGUGGAUAUUCUCCUUCAGCACGGGGCAUAUGUUAAUGUCCAGGAUGCUGUGUUCUUCACUCCUCUGCACAUAGCUGCAUACCAUGGCCAUGAGCAGGUAGCAAAGCUGCUGCUGAAGUUCGGAGCGGAUGUGAACAUCAGCGGUGAGGUGGGGGACAGACCUCUUCACCUGGCCGCAGCCAAGGGCUUCUUGAGCAUUGUCAAGCUUUUAAUGGAGGACGGCCUUAAGACUGAUGUGAAUGCCCAGGAUAAUGAGGACCAUGUGCCGCUCCACUUCUGUGCCCGCUUCGGCCACCAGGAGGUGGUCCGCUUCCUGCUGCAGGGCAACUACCACGCGCAGGCACACUCCGUCAACAUCUACGGAGACACGCCUCUGCACCUAGCUUGCUACAAUGGAAAGUUCGAUGUGGUGAAGGAGAUGAUUCAGCUGUCUGGAACAGAGAGCCUGUCCAAGGAGAACAUCUUCAGUGAGAGCGCCUUUCACAGUGCGUGUACCUAUGGCAAAAGCAUUGAGAUGGUGAAGUUCCUGCUGGGCCAAAAUGCCAUGAGCAUCAACCACCAGGGCCGCGAUGGGCACACAGGCCUCCACAGCGCUUGUUACCAUGGCCACAUCCGGCUGGUGCAGUUCCUGCUGGACAGUGGUGCGGACAUGAACCUGGUGGCCUCGGACCCCAGCAGGUCCAGCGGGGAGAAGGACGAGCAGACAUGCCUCAUGUGGGCCUACGAGAAAGGUCAUGACGCCAUCGUCACUCUGCUAAAGCACUACAAGCGGCCCCAGGAUGACUCACCCUGCAAUGAGUACUCCCAGCCAGCAGGGGACGGAUCUUAUGUAUCUAUCCCCUCGCCUCUGGGGAAGAUCAAAAGCAUGGCUAAAGAGAAGGCCGACGUGCUGCUGCUCCGAGCCAGCCUGCCCUCCCACUACCACCUCCAGCUGUCAGAGCUGGAGUUUCAUGAAAUCAUCGGCUCAGGUUCAUUUGGGAAGGUCUACAGAGGCAAAUGCCGAAACAAAAUUGUGGCUAUUAAAAGGUACCGUGCAAAUACCUACUGUUCCAAGUCAGACACGGACAUGUUCUGCCGAGAGGUGUCCAUCCUCUGCCGCCUGAACCACCCCUGCGUCAUUCAGUUUAUGGGGGCUUGUCUCGACGACCCCAGUCAGUUCGCCAUCGUCACUCAGUAUGUGUCGGGGGGCUCUCUGUUCUCCCUCCUACAUGAACAGAAGAGGAUCAUUGAUCUGCAGUCCAAGCUCAUCAUAGCCAUUGACGUGGCCAAGGGGAUGGAGUACUUGCACAACCUCACCCAGCCUAUCAUCCACAGAGAUCUCAAUAGCCAUAACAUCCUGCUGUAUGAAGAUGGACAUGCUGUUGUGGCUGACUUUGGAGAGUCUAGGUUUCUGAUGUCUGUGGAUGAGGAUAACAUGACCAAGCAGCCUGGGAACCUGCGCUGGAUGGCCCCUGAGGUGUUCACCCAGUGCACGCGCUACACCGUCAAGGCAGACAUGUUCAGCUAUGCCCUAUGCCUGUGGGAACUGCUCACUGGAGAAAUCCCCUUCGCCCACCUCAAGCCUGCGGCCGCCGCAGCUGACAUGGCCUACCACCACGUCCGGCCUCCCAUUGGCUACUCCAUCCCCAAGCCCAUCUCAGCCCUGCUAAUGAGGGCCUGGACCGUCUGCCCAGAGGAACGGCCAGAGUUUUCGGAGGUAGUGGCAAAGCUUGAAGAAUGCCUGUGCAAUGUGGAGCUGAUGUCCCCAGCCUCCAGCAGCAGCAGCGGCUCCCUGUCCCCCUCCGCCUCCUCCGACUGCCUGUCAGCGCGCAGCGGGCCGGGACGCAGUCACGUGGCAGCCCUGCGCUCUCGCUUCGAGCUGGAGUACGCUCUCAACGCCCGCGCAUAUGCUGUCUGGACCCAAAACUCAGAGAGAAGGUCAUCACAGGGAUUGUCUCUGGAUGAGCUCAGGAGGAACCUACAGCAGUUCCCACCCAUGGACAGAAAUGGAUAUGUGUCAGACCCCAUGAGCACCAUGCGCUUCCAUUCUUGUAGCAGCAAUGGCAGCUUCGAGGACAGCAACUAACAUCCAGGAUUCACUUAUUCUGCAACCUCCCUCCAACCCCUUAUAGCAGUGUUUCCCAACCAGGGGUACGUGUACCACUAGGGGUACGCGAGUACACUGCAGGGGGUACUUGGAAAAAUGAAAUAUUAACAAAUAUAUGGAGCUUAGUUACAGUGGGGUGGAGAAAGUGAUAUUGAACUUGAUUUAGGGGGUACUCAUGACACAACGGAAAGGCUUGGGGGUACACAAGACAAAAAAGGUUGGGAAACACUGCCUUAUAGCACACACAUAUCAACUAGCCAUCAAUGUAGCACUUACACUAACUAGCUGAAAUGCCACACAUGAUUGUUUGACGUGAUUGGUACCAUAUAUUGUGAUGUAUAUUUUUCUGUAAAUAUUUUUUUUGUGUUUUGUUUUUUAUCUACAAAUAUGGAUAGCACUUUGUGAAAAUAUGUUACUUGAUUUGACAGAAUUAUUAGCAGCAAAGUAUUUUUGAUAAUGUCAGUUACAAAAAUGCACACUAAAGGAUAUGUUGUGCAAGUCUAGAACAUUUCUCGAAUUACAUUUGCUGUAGCAAAGUCUUUAUAAAAAUUCCAGUUUAUUUCAUCCUUGUUUAACAAAGAUUUACAGAAAAGGAGCAAAAAGACAUUUUCUAUAGACCAUUUUGAAAUUAGAGAUGCAUUGAGGUAGUAGUAGUUAAAGACCUUUAAAACGGUAUUGUAAAGCAAAAGUGUACAGCACUCUACGGCAUUACAACUGUUAAGAUCGCAGGUAUUCACAAACUAAGCACGCUCUGUCUGAGAUACCCAGCAAGUACAAGUAGCUUUUAUGGUAGACAUGACAUGCUUGAUAAUAAACAAUGAUCACGGCCAUCCAACAAUGAUGAUCUUGUUUGUGGGGGGAAAAUGGUAAACUAUAAUAUAUUAGUAAAGACGUGAUAAUGGAAAAUAUUACAUAUUGUAAAAAUAUCUUCUCAAACAUUCGUGCUGGCACAGUUUAAUCAUUACACCGCAAGCAUGUGCUUCAAGGCAUGUAUCAUUUUCUGUGGACAAAAAAUUGAACUAUAAAGUGUCUAUGCAAGCCUUCAUUGUGUGUUACAGAUACAACAGAUAGCCCUUCUCUGUACAAAGGUGCCCUAAACAUACAAAAUCAGCUGUUCAAAGUGCUUGCAGUCUUAAUUGAAUCUCGGUAGUUAUUCUGCGUGCAACAUCAAGCAAGCCUUUCUCAUUUCACAAUCUCAUUCAAACUCAGGCUUCAGUGAUCAAAGGGAAGUGUCAUUUCAAUUCUCGCGUGCGUGCGUGCGUGUGCCUGUCUGUCCAUGGUUUUGUGUCAGUGUGCCUGCCUGUUAAGGCGGUGUGUGUGUGUGUGUGUGUGUGUGUGUGCGCGUGUGCGUGUGUGUGCAUGCUUGUGUCUUGUGUGGGCCAGUAUGUGCACGUGUGACUCAGCUAUGUUCUUUAAAGCGUGUGCGUGUGCCUCCACCACGUCACCACUGCUGCCUGACCCGCAGGUGGGCCACGGCAUAUGAAUAAUUAAUUUUUUGUGCGCCGUGUGUGCGUGCAUCCAGGCAGGGGUAUCUACUUUCAGCUGACUGGUGAAAGGCUGUUGUACACCAGAUCUCCUCGCUCGGUACACGCAGCGGCACAUCACGGCGUGUUGGCCGUAAAUGAUAGGUAAACAGAGCCUCACCACUGGAGGGUAAACAUACCACCAC